UGCGAAGAGCGCGCGCUUUGGCAAGGACAGAAACACACCUAAUGACGUCAUGUUUGGAAGGAAAUAGCGAUGGAGAAUCGUUCUUUACCCGGUUGAUUGACGGGUUUAAACCUCAGUGACAAUAAAGCAAAAUGGAUCUUAAAUUAUUUGCAGUGUUAAUUGCAUCGGUGAUUGGCCUGGCCUCAGCUGUGGUGCGUUGGCCAACGGGCACAUAUGGCAUACCCAUGCCUGACGCAGGUUGUCCUGACGACGAAACCUUAAAGUGGAAGACGGGCUGGACCUACCAUGACACUGAGGACGACAAUAAUCAGAACCAGCGGUCUGCCAUUUUUCACAUGCCUGGGAAUUUCUCCAAACAUGGCAUCCAGCAAAAGUUUUGUAUAAAAGACACACCCCAGGGGGGUAGUGAGUUUUGGCCCGAGGGAAAGUACUGUCUUUAUAAAAAAGGCGUCUGCCCUACUAACAUGAAAACAGGAUAUAUAAGCUGGGACGACGAGCAGUCAGAACUGGACCUUAAAGACAAGCACGAUGGUGCACUACCUGACGGAGAUUAUCCUGAAACACACACCAAGAUUAACUAUUGCUGUAUGACCAAAGGCAAUGUAAACAACCCUAUCCAGCUGCCUGCACUCAAGCCAUUUUAUCUUCUAUCUUAUGGGUCUGCGCAGUGCCAAAAAAUUGCAGGUACUAGAGUGACAAGUGAAUUCAUCAAGUUUGAUGAUGACGAUCAAGCCAACACUGACAAGGCAUAUGGGGCUCAUCCUUAUGGACCAAGCGAAGAUCCAUUCAACUUAAAAGUAUACUACUGUUAUUAUGAACCAGGUCAAGAAAGUGAAGACGAUUUGGGUACUGGUAAAGAUGUGAAGAGUAAGAUACCUACAGGCAAGUCAUCGUCUGGCCUUGCAGUCGCCAUUGGUUGUGGGGUUGCUGGUGCAAUUGUUGGUACUGCAUCUAUUGCUUUUGCAACCAAAAGAAUCUUGGCCCAUAAGGCACGAGCUGCAUUUGAUGCUAUGGAACCUCAACCAGAUGGUCCUUAGAGGACCAAGAUGGACCAAGAUGGACCCUAAGGGACCUAUCGUAUUUAAUUAUUAUAUCGUAUUGACGCUAAGUAACUAAGAACGGAAGACAACAAACGAGACUUGUUAACUUAUAGUCUAAGAACCUAAUCUUCAUGUAGACACAAUACUUAUAUAGCUUUCAGGUUACUGCAAAGCCCUACAGUGCGCAUGUUUUACAGCGCUCAUCAAUCACACACGCGAAAUUGUGAAAACUUUUUUCGAGACAUGAUAGAGUUUUGGUGGACGCCAAUCAAAGUGUUUUCCAGGAUUGUCGGAAAACACAAAGCUUUUAAGGGCACGUGACUAUGGAAUGUCAUGGAAACGCAUUGAUUGACGUCCUCCAAAUCCUACUUCGUCAUGAUGGCAAAUUGUACGAUUUCACGCGUGUUUGAGAAGCGCUGUAAAUCAGUUCCACUACAACCACAAUGCUAUUGGUAGAACUACUUAGAAGAAAAAUAAGGAAUGUUGAAGCAAAUGUACAAAUAAUGAUGAAAUGUAAGUUAAAUUUUGACAUUGCAAAAUGACCUCAGGUUUGAUGUUUGUUUGUUUUGUAAUUAUUUGUUUGCGUUCAAGUGACUAUUGAUUUAGCAAAUAAAUCAUCUAAUUUGUAAAUAUAUAUGCUAUACUAGAGUGAUUUUCAUAAACCCGUGAAACAAAUUUUAGCUAUUAACGUCUAUUAACGCAUAUUAAUGUGUAAUAGCGAUUAUUAUUGAGACAACUAAGUAUUGCAGUGAAAGUUCAUUGACUGUAUUUUAUUGCUUCGUUGUUUAAAGUCUAAUGAGUAAUAACUCGUACUAGAUUGUAUUGAUGACUAUUGCGUUGACAUUUAUUUCACGGGUUUAUGAAAAUCACUCUACUGAUGACUGCGUUAUGUGGUAAUACUACCGUCACGAACACUGCUUUCUAGAGCCAGUUGUACUCAAACGACGUACAGUUUUAUUCGUAAGAAAUACUUCUCGACUCCUUUGGAGGUUCGUGUAAUUUAACUAUGAUUUUUGAAUAUAGAUAAGGCAGAUGAAUAUAAAUAAUAAUCGUAAUUGUUCUACUCUAAUUAGUUUACAUUAGAUAAACUAAAAAUCAAGUUGUAAAGGAA